AUGCCAGAUAAAUCAGGUAUCAAGGAAUUGAAGCUCGUCGUUGUCGGUGGUGGUGGUGUAGGUAAAUCUGCACUAACUAUCCAAUUAAUCCAUUCCCACUUCGUGGAUGAAUAUGAUCCCACAAUCGAGGACUCCUAUAGAAAACAAGUCGUUAUUGAUAACGAAGUACAAGUGCUAGACAUUUUGGAUACUGCAGGGCAGGAAGAAUAUUCUGCGAUGAGAGAACAAUACAUGCGUACUGGUGAAGGUUUCUUACUUGUCUAUUCCAUCACUUCACAGACAAGUUUUGAAGAACUAAUGACAUACUACCAACAAAUCCAAAGAGUCAAAGACAGUGACUACGUUCCUAUCGUUAUCGUUGGUAAUAAAUCAGAUUUGGAGGAUGAGAGACAAGUGUCUUAUGAGGAUGGGAUGAAGCUUGCAAAACAGUUGAAUUCCCCAUUUAUGGAAACUUCUGCAAAACAGAAUAUUAACGUUGAAGAAGCCUUUUAUACCCUGUCUAGAAUCGUCAGAGAUAAUGGUGGAAAAUAUAAUCCACAUAAUAAUACUGAAAACAUCAUGCAAAAGAUUAAUACAAAUCUAACUUUUGACUCCAUGAAUAAUCAAAAUAUCGCAAAUACAAAUAUAAACAACAAUGACAUGAACAAUACAAAUAUGUAUAACAACAACAAUAGUAACAAUGACAAUAUUAAUGAUAGCAUAAAUCAUUCUUUAAAUGAACCACAAGGUGAAGGGGAUACUGAACCGAUAGCGACCACAGUGACAAAUGGCCAAUCAAUAUCAAAAAAUAAUCAAGAUAAUGUACAAAAUCCAGAUUCAAAACAGUCACAUCACGUUAAACAGUCCAAUAAUAAAAGAACUACAUCGCCAUCAAAUCAAAAUACUGCCAACACUGACGCAAGUAAAUCCAAAUCCAGUGGUGGUGGAUGUUGUAUAGUUAUGUAA